AUGAGUGAAAUCAAUCAAAUCGAAGAAGCUAAACCAACUGGUAACAAUCCAACGCAUGAUCAGAUGAUGCGCCAUUUGCAUCGUGCUAAUCAAAUUGCAAAACGUGCAUUGCAGUUUGGUCAUCAUCCAUUUGGCUGUAUUCUUGUUGCAUCUGAUAAUGAAACCAUAUUAAUGGAACAGGGUAAUAUUGAUACAGUUAAUCACGCUGAAUCAACGCUUGCUCGAAUGGCUUGUACAAAUUUUUCAUCAGAAUAUCUUUGGCGUUGCACACUUUAUACGACAUUUGAACCCUGUGCUAUGUGUGCUGCUACUUUAUAUUGGGCCAAUAUUGGACAAAUCGUUUUUGGUGCUACUGAGAAACGUUUACUCGAACUCACUGGUAGUAAUGAAAACAAUCCAACAAUGGAUAUUCCGUGUCGUUAUGUAUUUCAACAUGGUCAAAAAAAAAUUGAAGUAUGGGGUCCUUUUCCUGAACUGGAAAACGAAUUCAUCGAAUUACAUAAAGGAUUUUGGAAAAUAAGCAAAUAG